AACAAUGUCUAAUAACGCUGAACUUAUUAAUGAUUUAAAUGAUUGGAAUAAAUGGAUUGAGGAGGCUAUUUCUAAAAAACUUAUUAAAUAUUAUGAAUUUGACCAAUUUUAUAAUUUUCAAAACAUUGGUUCCGGAGGUUUCGGUAGAGUUUAUCGUGCAAACUGGAAGAAUUCUCAUAAAAGUUAUGCAAUAAAGUCUUUUUUUAAUAUCAAUGAUGCUUCAGCUAAAGCAAUUGUUCGUGAGAUUCAACUUCAACGCGAAGUUGAUUUUCAUGAUAACGUUAUCAGCUUUUAUGGUGUUACAACUUCCGUUAAAGAAAAUCAAAGAAAAGAAUAUUCAUUGGUACUAGAAUAUGCUGAAAAUGGUACUCUCCGAAAAUAUCUGAAAGAAAAUUUUAAAAAUCUCACUUGGAAUGACAAAUUUAAUUUUGCAUUUCAGCUGGUUUAUGCAGUAUCAUGCUUACAUGGAGAAGGGAUAAUGCAUCGUGAUUUGCACUCUAAUAACGUGUUAGUUCAUCAAAAUACCGUUAAGCUAGCAGAUUUUGGCUUAUCAAAAAGAAUUGAGGAAACAUCUGGCUCUCAAUCAAAAACAUUUGGAUUAAUUCCUUAUACUGAUCCAAAAAGUUUUAAUAGAAAUACAACGACAUUAUAUUUAUUAAAUAGAAAAAGCGAUGUUUAUAGUAUUGGUGUAUUACUAUGGGAGAUAUCUAGCGGUAAGCCACCUUUUCAUGGUAUACCAUAUGACGUUGGUUUGGCUAUUAGUAUUUUACAGGGUUUUAGAGAAAAACCUAUUCCUGAUACAUCUGAAGAUUAUAUAAAAAUUUACACUGAUUGUUGGAAUCUUGAACCUGAUAAUCGUCCUACUAUCAAUCAAGUGGUUGAUAAACUAAGAACGAUUAUAACAAAAGAAAACAUAAUUAUAAAAGAUUUUCACCUAUAUGAUGAUAAAAAGGAUAUUCAAUUAUCAAAUAAUCAGCAGCCAAUUUUAGAUGAAGUUUCUUCUGAAGAUUUUAAUUCCUUACAUGGAGAAUUAUCUCAAGUUAUUCAAAAUUUUAAUAUGAUGAACACAAAAGAAAUGGAAUGUUCAAUGUCAUCAAGUAACCAAUUUGAGAAUAAAUUUAAUACAAUAGUUAAUGAUAUAAUUGAUAUUUUUAAUAAUGAUUAUUUUGAAAUGGAUAUACAGAAGAUUAUAAAUUAUCUUGACAAUCAUAAUAUAACUUUACAAGAGUUUAAUAAUUUAUUAUUAAGCAAUCAGAAUGACUCAAAUUUUAUUGCUUUACUUGGAAGAUUUAACUAUUUAGGAAUUGGAAUCAGUGUUGAUAAACAAAAAGCAUUUGAGUUAUAUCAAAAAGCAGCAGAUUUAGAAAAUUCAUUUGGGAUAAAUUUUUUAGCAUAUCAUUAUGAAAAGGGAAUUGAGACAAAUAUUAAUAGUCAAAAGGCAUUUGAACUAUAUCAAAAGGCAGCAGAUUUAGGAUAUCUACCUGGAAUUAAUAAUUUAGGACGUUGCUAUGAAAAUGGAAUUGGAACCAAUAUUAAUCAGCAAAAGGCAUUUGAAUUAUAUCAAAAAGCAGCAGAUUUAGGAAGUGUAUUUGGAAUAAUUGGUUUAGGACAUUGCUAUGAAAAUGGAAUUGGAACUGAUAUUAAUCAGCAAAAGACAUUUGAAUUAUAUCAAAAAGCAGCAGAUUUAGGAAAUGCAUUUGGAAUAAAUAAUUUAGGAUAUUGUUAUGAAUAUGGAAUUGGAACCAAUAUUAAUCAGCAAAAGGCAUUUGAAUUAUAUCAAAAAGCAGCAGAUUUAGGAAGUGUAUUUGGAAUAAUUGGUUUAGGACAUUGCUAUGAAAAUGGAAUUGGAACUGAUAUUAAUCAGCAAAAGACAUUUGAAUUAUAUCAAAAAGCAGCAGAUUUAGGAAAUGCAUUUGGAAUAAAUAAUUUAGGAUAUUGUUAUGAAUAUGGAAUUGGAACCAAUAUUAAUCAGCAAAAGGCAUUUGAAUUAUAUCAAAAAGCAGCAGAUUUAGGAAGUGUAUUUGGAAUAAUUGGUUUAGGACAUUGCUAUGAA